AAACGGACAUUGGUAUUGAUAUUUUGACAAAAAGCUGCUGAACUUCCCACCAGACUAGUAUAUUAGGACCAAGAGGUGCUGCCUCCAACCUUGUCUCUGACUUCACACGACUUCACGUCUGGUAGUGUCUCGACAAGCUUUUCCAUCAACCAUGACUCCAUUCCUUCUGCUGUUUGUUGCCCUGGCAACAGCCUCUCCGGUGAAGAGGCAGACAUCAGGCCUGGACGCUGACGGAGACGGUUCGAUCACCUUCGCCGAGGUGUCAGCCACCAUGUCCCUGCACGAGGCUCUGGACGCUCUGGACAGAGACGGUGAUGGCUUCAUCUACCUGCCGCAGAUCAUCGAGCUGUGGGGAACCGGAGACAAGUUUUACGAACUGAACACCGACGGCGACGAUCACCUCACCUUCAGGGAGAUUGAGAACGGGAUGACCCUGCAGGACUUCUACAAUGAGUUCGACUUUAACGAUGACGGAUCUCUGGAUGCUGCUGAGGCUUACCAGAUGAACUUCAUCUACGACACCAUCUACAACACCGCGAUCGACGACCCCCUGGACUCGAACGGAGACGGAAGACUGUCCAGGCUUGAAGUGCUGAGUCACAUGACCUACAACGAGGUUCUGAGGGCCUUGGACGCAAACGGUGACCAACGCCUGGGCCCGAACGAGCUGAGGGUGCUGCUAGGUGGCGAGACCGGACAGUUCAUGGACGAUCAGGACAACAACGAUGACGGGUUCAUCAGCUUUAAUGAGGCGCACAGCCACAACAUGAGUCUGGGCAGGAUCUUCAAUAGGCUGGACGAGGACGAUAGCGGCUACCUAGAGGAUGGCGAAGGUGCCGGGUUCUACACUGUGUGGACCACCAUCCUAAACUCUGCCAGCACCGACCCCAUCACGGGAUAAGGUAUCU